GCACUGAGGGCGACGGUUGGUGCUGUCCUGGUACGCGUUGCUUACUCUGCGUUUUCGCGGCCAGCUUGCACUCCAUAUUCUAAAGUGUAGAUUUCAUCUCUAUUCGGAUUAUUUUAUCUACAUUUCGCAUACAUAUACAUAUUUGCAGUUGCGUUGAUCGCGAAGCGUGGGAGGUGAACAAUAUUAUGAACACCCGGAGAUAAUGAACAGCCAAGGAUUAUGGAUAGUCGCCUUCCUGAUUGCAGGAACGGCGUUAUCCAGCACAAAAGCAGCAUGUACCGACAGCGAGUUCAUGUGCGUGACCGACCAGGAGUGCAUAAGCCUGGACUGGGUGUGUGACGACUUUCCCGACUGUGACGACCGGAGUGACGAGGAGCCCAAGUUCGACUGCUCGAAUUUUAACCCAGAGGCCGCUAGCAGUUCCGCCGGCAGCAGCAGCAGCAGCAGCGGCAGCAGCGGCAGCAGCAGCAGCAGCAGCGGCGGCAGCAGCAGCAGCAGCGGCGGCAGCAGCAGCUUCAACACCAACACUGACGAUGACAAUGUUUCCGCCGAAGAAACACCUGAUGUCGCGGGGGUCUCCGGCGGGCUCUCGCAAGAAGACACGAGUGAAGAAGACGAAGAACCAGAGAUUCUUCCAGAAAAGUGUUCACUCAGCAAAUGUCGAAGUCGCGGCAAGAUGAAGUUCCUGGACGGCAGGGCCUACAUGUACAAGUACCACACCCAAACCACAACUCAAGUGGUAGGUUCCUCGCCCAAGAACACGACCAUAUCGAUGGAGGCGGAACUUUCCCUCAACGUUCUCACCGCCUGCGAAAUGGAGCUUGUUGUGUCAGGUAUAACCAUCCUAACGAGCAAGAGCGACAGCCAGGGGGAGAUGGAGACGGUAAAUGACCCGGCCUUCACUGCGGCGCUCACCAAGAACCCACUCAGGUUUUCAUACCAAGAUGGCGUCGUGGAGGAGGUGUGCCCUGCUUCUGACGAGGACCCGCGCGCCCUCAACUUCAAGCGCGCUGUCAUCUCCCUCCUGCAGAACUCCAUGCCCCGGCUCGACCUCGACCACCACGCCGUCGAGACAGACAUCGUGGGCGAGUGCGAAGUCGACUACUCGGUGGUCGGGGCUGAGGGAAUCUUGCUGCUCCUCGAGAAGACCCGCAACAUUGCAUCAUGUCGCGGCCGCUCCUCAACCACCAGCUUCAUGCAAGGCGUCCCGUACGCGUUCGAUGGGGGUAUCCAGACACUGCCGCUACUGAACACGACCAGCAAGUGUUUUCAGUCCAUCGGUGAAGGGAUGAUCAAGGGCGCCUCCUGCCUCGAGCACCACCGCUUCACGCCCUUCAGCUCCGAGAAGGGCGGGAUCUUGACCACCGUGUCUCAGAACCUGACGUUUACUUACCACAAGUCCUCCUUCGCUAAGAUGGGUCCCAUCAACGUACGUACGGACUUGAAAUACGACCACCACAACCACAUCCACGUCGAGGGUCUGGACGCCAAGAACAUGAACGACUCGCAAGAAUGGAGGUCUCGCUCGGACCAAAUCCUCGACCGGAUUGCAGAGAACAAGAAGACCGAAGGCGUGGCCACCAGUGCCCCUCGCCUGUUCAAGGAGCUCGUGCAGUCACUUCGGCAUCUGGACUACGCUCAGCUGUGGGCCAUCUCUGAGGAACGCGCGUGGGGACCCGAGCGAGGUGUAUUCGACGACGCCCUUCCCAUGGUGGGCACGGGCGGGAGCGUGGGCGUGAUGAGGGACCUGAUGGAGGGCGGAAAGGUCAACGACAUCAUGACCAACACUUGGCUCACUUCCCUGUCCUUCAUCCCCAGACCCGACCUGGACACGAUCGAGAUGGCGGCGCCCUUGCUCGAGACGGAGGCCGUGCCCGCCGACGCCUUCCUGGGCGUGGGCGCGCUGGUCCACUCGUACUGUCGAGACCACCCAGCCUGCAGUAGCGAGCCGCCCGUGCAGCGAGUCAUGGACGCCCUGCACGGCUUCUUGGAAGGAGGUUGCCACAAGGAGUCUUCCGAUGACAAAAUCCAGAUCCUGAUGGCGCUGAAGGGGCUGGAGAACGCAGGUCUAGCCGUGAGCGAGACCGUUCCGACGGCCCUAGACCAGUGCAUCCAGAACGAAUCUAACGAGAACGAAAUCCGACUAGCUGCUAUCUCCGCUUUCAGGCGGUUCCCUUGUGGCAUCUCCCGCGAGCCAGUCCGCCACGUGUUCCUCGACCCCGUGAUGGAUUCGGAGCUUCGAAUAGCCGCUUACUUGGAGCUGAUGCGCUGUAUCGACUACGCCACGGUGCAACUCGUCAAGCACGUGUUGCUCCACGAAGAGGUCAAUCAAGUUGGCUCGUUCGUCUGGACACACCUGCUGAACAUGAAGGAGACUGGGCUGCCUUCGCGAGCCGAGGUUCAAGGACUCCUUUCCAACCAAGAGAUUUCCUCCAAGUUCAGCGCAGACGUUCGCAAGUUCUCCCGUAACUUUGAGUGGUCUGGAUUUUACGAUGAUCUUAAUGUCGGAGCGGGAGUGGACGCCAACAUCGUCUUCUCGCAGCAUUCAUACAUCCCUCGUUCGGCCACCUUCAACUUCACGACGGAUCUCUUCGGCCGUUCUCUCAACCUGCUCGAGUUCGGCGCACGGGCAGAAGGCUGGGAACGCUACACUGACUCCAUCUAUCGGCAUUUCCAAGACACAGACGAGCAUCACAUCAGCAACCCGAAGAUUCGUAACAUGAUUUCCAUUUCGGGAAAAAAAGAGGAAUAUUUCGGCAAAGCAGCUGAGUUGUCACUCCACAUGAAGACCUUCGGCAACGAGAUCUACUACCGCCAUCUACACGGGAUGGACAAAAUCGUGGAAGCUUUUAAUGCUCUCAGUCCCAUUGAGAGAAUUAUUAGACUUAAUCAAGGAGAAGCCAUCAACAUGCAGAAGUCGUGGCUGGCCUCCGAGUCGGCCUUCAUCAUCCCGACCACGGCUGGAGUGCCACUUAACCUCACCCUCACCGCCAGCAUCGCCCUCGACGUUCACGCCAGCGGAAAUCUGGAUAUCUUUGCCUUCGCUAAGACGGGGGAGGCGAGUAUUAGCGGUCAGCUCAAACCUAGCGUGGGAAUUGAAGUAGUAGGCUCCAUGUUGGUUGACGGGCACGCUGCUCAAUCCGGCGCCCAGCUGGUGACAACUCUCCACUCUUCCACCGUGGUUGAUGGGAGGUUUGACAUCGGCGGGUCAGAGUUCGUCCGGGUUGACAUCAACAUGCCCCGAGAGAAGGUCGAAAUCAUGAACUUCACCUCGAACCUGGUCCUCGUCCAUGGCAGCGUCGAGGCGGGGGCGGAGGGUUCCAAGGAGAUCCUGGAGGGCGUAGCCAACGACCGAGAGGAGCUGGCCGACUGCUCCGGCUACGAGCAACAGAUCGGAGCCAAACUGUGCUGGAGUCUGCAGUACCCGAACGCUUCCCGGGUACCUGAGAGUCCCUUCUACCCGCUGACAGGACCCUCGAAGCUGCAGGUGGUUCUGCAUAAGAUCGACCCGACGCUCACUUCGUACCAGAUGCGUUAUACCUGGGAGAGAAGACCGCACUAUCGCACAUUUUUGGUAUCCUUGAACACACCCGGGACUGCUAUGUCAAGAGAGCACAGCAUCAGAUAUAACAUCAACUUCAGAUCACAAAAUGUCUACCUGGACCUAAAUUCUCCGCGUGCAAAUCUUUCCGCGAGAGGUCGUUACGUAUGGACAGACACGGACCAGCGGAUGGACUUGAGCGUUUCGGUGAACAACCACGAAACGGCGACUGUUGCUGCCGGCUUCACGCGCUACAAGAAGUCCGGGAGUAACGUCGUCACGCCCAUCUUCACUGUUACUUGGAAGGAACAGGAACUCGUCAAAGUGUCUGGCACCAUCGACCUUCGCGAGAAACGAGGGGCCCGGCUGUACGAGGUGGACAUGCAGGUGGCUUACCUCCUGCAAAACCGCCGCGGGAACUGGGAACCUGCGUCGGGAACCAUAAAGGGGUCCCUCAGCGAUAACGGCUUCGAGAGAAACGCUAAUCUGCAAGUGGAUUAUGUCCCCUCUGUCCGGGCGCCCGAGGAGAACAUCAUGAUCGAGUACCGCGUCGCCAACGUCUCCACCGCGUCAGACAGCAAGUUCGAGCGCCGCUGGAGGUUCUUCUUCUCGCAGUUCCCCAACAUUAACUUCAAGGGCGAGUGGUUCUUCAAGAGACAUUUCGGCUCCAUGGAAAACACGUUACAAGUCAAUUUAGGAGAGAACUUUGAGAAUCCAGAGUACCGCGUGGAUAUCUUCCAGCUGUUCACUUUUUAUUACCUGGAUAGCAGGACCACUUUCAACUCGACAUUUAACGUAAAGCAUCAGAGGAGCAACUUGGACUUCAAGAUAGGCGCAGACUGGUUCCACGACGAAUACGUUUUAAACACUGGUAUCCUCGUUCAAUAUGCAACAAACAAAGAGGUGGUGUCGCAGCUCCACCUCCGGAAGGAACCGACAGGCUUCCUCAGCGCCGAAGGCUACUGGUUCCUGCGGGUGCCCGGCUGGACGAGCGUGGAGGUCAAGGGCGACGUAAAGGAACUCAGGAACAAGAUCUAUCAGUUCGACGGAGAGGUGCGCUACGGCCCGAACUGGGUGCUCGAGGUGGGGGGGCGGUACGGCGACCUGUCGACGCGCCUGCAGUCUCUGCACGACUUGCUCCUCGACGUCACGCUGCCCGGACGAGGCCUGACGCAGAUCAACGCGACCUUCCACGCCAACGAACGCCUAAUGAGUGUGGUCACGCACGUCUUGAUCAAUAAAACUCACAAGUACGGCGUGAAGGCGUCCUAUGUCCACGGCGAGGACGACCUGAGGGUGAGGGAGCACAGCGUCAACCUCGAGCUGUACCUUCCCGGGCGUCAGUACAAACUCCAUACGGAAAUAUCCAUCGGCACCGUCAUCACCGUUGUCAAUGACAUCCAUCUCGAUAGGCACCGUGACAUCCACAUGCGAGUGACGGCAGACAUUCUUCAGCCCAGGCAACGAGGGCUCAAAGCGCUUCUCAAAUGGGACGCUAACAGGGAUCCCAAUCAAAAGCUGGACAUCGAGGUCAGGUACGAGACACCGAACGACAGGCAAGUCACGGUAUUACUAGACAGCGUGCUAAGUUUCCUGGGCCAGCAGUACCGUGCUAACUGGAGAACCAAUAAACAAUUACAGUACAUCGACCGCGACCUGAUAUGGGAACACAAAAACGAGGGAUCUCUCAGCUGGAUGGAACCGAGCCGUCGAGUGCAGGAGAUCGCCACUAACUUCACCAUCAGAUUCCGGCGUGGAGAUACCGCAGAGUUGUACGGCAAAGUGGACAUCACGACACCCUUUAUACACUGGAAGCAGAACUAUCUUGAGGUCAAAUACGCCCGCGACAUGGACCACAUCGAGAGCAGCCUCCGCUCGCGCUGGCACGACGGGGAGUUCCUCGACCUCCAGCUGCUGGCGAAGAAGACGAUCGACGCCUCCACCUUCAGGAUCGAGACCAAGCUGGACGUGAGCUCGUCCUUCGAGGGUUUGGUCAGCGCCAGCACCGGCAUCAGGCUCGAGAAGACGCCAGGAAUCAUUGAUACAAAUAUUUACAUACAGUGGGACACAGACAGACUGGAACUGGCUCUCGAGGGCAAGGACGAUAGCUAUUACGACCAACUACGGUAUUCUGUCUUCGGCCAAGUCUUGACAACCAUCGAAGGCUACAGGGACAUGUCAACGGCCCUUGACCUGGCCAUCCUUCCGUCUGCCAUUGACACCCGCGCCAAGGCCAAGUGGGAGGGGCACGAGUAUAAGCUACGUCUGACGGGGGAGGCCUACAGUGGCCUGGACUACCUACGAGGCAAUCUGACAGUGACUUCCCUACAGCAGGAAGAUUUUGUGAAAGCCAAUAUUAGGGUGUAUCACGAUCCAGCUGAUGUCGAGGAAAAACUAUCGCUGGUCGUGAUGUGGCCCGGGCAGGAGGCUCGAGUCGAGGGCCAGGUGGCCACGCUCCCGCAGCACUUCAAAGCUGGCAUUCAAGUGGACACGACUUUCGAAGAGAUACGGCGGGCUGUCAUCGUGCUGGGCCAUUCGAAGGACCAGAAUAUUAAGACGGAAGCCCGAGUCAAGUGGAACGACAAAGUUGACGCCGGCUUCGUCCUCCUCGGCCAAGUGACCUCGCUUUCGGACUUCCUCGUCAGCUGCACCAUCCUCACGCCCUUCCCGGGAUACGAGGUUAUUACAGGCGAGGUCAGGAACUUGUUCACGCUUGACCCGGAGGUGCGAGUCAACCCGAGGGUCUUUGGCCAGAUCGGAGAGAGGAAGUAUGGCCUCGGCGCCCGCUACGAGCAAGGACAGCUUCCCCGCCUGCGCAUCGCCUUCGAACUCUACACGCCCUUGCCCGAGCUGCACACAGUCGUCCUCGACCUCUGCGACAACACCACGUCCUCCGAGAUCAAGUACGACCUCACCAUGAAGUACGGCCCCACCAAGCAAGUUCGGCUCAGUCUGGAAACGGAGAGGAAGGGCAACGGGCUGCAGGGCCAGGCGAUGGCGGUGCUGCCCCUUCAGUCGCUGGACGAACGGCUGAGCGACACGACCCUGGAGGCGGUUGGCUCCAUCUUCUGGGAACCGGCGGCCGAGCUCAACCUCACCUUCUCCUCCCAGACUGAUGUCACUACCAAGCUCUCUGUGAUCGGGGGCUUCCCUCGCGUCGACGCCGGAGAGCUGCAAGUGACGAUGGACACUCCUGUAGAAGGGUACGAGAAUCUGGACUUCAUGUGCGAGUACCGCCUGCCGACCGUCGACGAGGAGGGCCACUUCAACGGCAGGCUCAGCACCACGAGGGGCGGCGUGUUCCAGCUGCAGGCCAGGGGCACCACGAGGGACCUCAGUGGAUCCUUUUCCUCGCCCUUUGAGCCCUUCCAGACCGGCAACUUCAUGUGGAAGUUGACUGCCCUCGACGUCGUGAAGUCCCAUUUGGUGGCGAACUUCGGCUGGGCGAGAAAGGACAUCAAGCUCGACGCCACGAUCAAGUUCCAGGAGAAGUUCAUCCAAAUGUUCGACGGCACGCUGGAGACGCCGUGGGAGGACCUGGAGCGCUCUGCCCUUCGCCUGGAGGGGAAGGCCCAGCAAGGCGGCUACCGGAACCAGCUGGUGUUGGAGGGCGCCGGGAGGGUCUACCAGGGCACGCUCUUCCUCAAGUACCAGAGUGAUGACGAGUGGGACGUCAGCGUCGAGGUUUCGCGCCAGUUCGGGUCCCAGCAGUCUCGUUACACCCUCCAGACGGGGCUCACCAACACGGGUCGCCAGCCCUUCAAGCUCACCUUCCACGUGACCACGCCGCACCAGGGCUUCCAGGAGGUCAAGUUCAACGUCGAGUUGAGACGACGGAUUCCGUACAAGCUGAAUCUGGGCUGGGGCACGGCCGUAGGUUCCGGAAACAUCGAGAUGACCUUCAGGAAGCUCUCCUUCAGCGAGGUCGAAGGGACGCUCUCCCUGACGAUGCCACAGGAACAGGGACCCGACAGGUUCUACACCCUUGAGCUUCAGCUGACCAACGGCUUCACGCAGGACACCAUCGACGUGACGUGCGCGCUCGACUUCAAGAGCAACCAGGAGUAUUGGGACCACCUGGUCGUGAAGGGUAUCGUACGACAGGUGACCUAUGACCCCGGGGAGCUGAGUCUGUACCUGCUGUGGCCGGGAGCUGACCCCAUCUCGUUCACGGCCGUCGGGGAGCACUACGACGACUUCCAGGUCAUCAAGCCCACCGUCACGCUCGAUCUCACCAGGUCGCGCUACAGCUUCGCGGGAGAGAUGCGUAAGAAGGGCAGCGAGCUGAACCUGACCGGGACCCUGGACUGGAAGCGCGGCUCGUCCGACCCCCAGAAGGUCGUCCUCCACUCGGGCUUCGUGUUCUCCGACAACGCCAUGGACGGGAAGGUCACCCUGGACCUGCCUAUGGUCAAGGGAUGGAACAAGAACCAAGCGGAUAUCCAUUACGAAACUCGCGAAGGACGACACCGGUUCACCGUGAACAUGGAAAACGGCCCGGAAGUGACCACUAUCAAGGGUAACAUGCUGGCUAACGGGUUUCCGGCUGGAGAUGGAGAGAUCACCGUUGCGUCAUCUCUCAAGUGGGACAAGCAGCCACUCACACUCAACUUUAAGCAAGAACUGACAGUGGAUGGUUACGAGGGCGACUACCAUCUGGAGUGGCCCUACAAGCACAACUCGACGUCACCCUGGGAGCGUCGCCCAGUCCACGCCUCUCUCAAGCACAACUUCUUAGAGUCUGGACACCGCGGGGCGCUCCAGGUCACAGGGUCAUUCACGAUGGACAAGCCUGUGCAGAUCAGCUAUGAGUUCAAGUUCCCUUCGAGCGGCGACGUGCGGGUGGUGAUGGGCGUAUCCUUUGGCGUCCUCGCCGUGAGCGUGAAGGCCGACCGCGUGACCGUGGUGCUGGGCGACGGCAUCCUCAAGCAGAGGACGUCGCUCGAGAUCGACAACUUCCUGUGGCCCUUCGGCGUCUCGUCGACGAAGGAGACCAACCAGAAGUCAGACACCGAGCGAGAGAGAGUGACAACACUGGAGUUAUAUGAUUUGCAGAACGAUGAAAGUCGAGUUUGCGUUUCCUUUGCCCAUAAUUCUGCUCAGUCAGGGAGACAUUUCUCUGUCAAAGGUAAUGCCCUCGGUCGGGAGAUCGUCUUGGCCGCGGGAUAUGUGCUGACGUCAAGGAACUUCAGCAUGGACUUCCUCAUUUCGUGGUCUGAGCAGGAGAGGAUCGAGUUCAACAUCGUCUGGGAGGAUAUGUCGAGGGUGGGUCCCGAUGGCUGUGGUGUUUCUAGAAACAUCCCUUAUCUCUGGCAUCUCUUUAUAUCGUUAGAGCUUCGAACCAACGGCUCGCUGACCCUGGGCGGAGGCAAGUACGCCCUCCUUCAGAACUUCCUCUACACCAACAUCACCGGCCACGACCAGACCGCCAAGCUCCUGGCCGCCCUCGAUCGCAUGCAGAAGACCGUGCACGCUUCGCUGGAGACGUGGAAGAAACUUGUUGACAUCCACGUGGAGGUGGAGGAGGACCCGAACGGCCGGUGGACAGUGGUCGCGACCGGAGUGCCAAACCAGAAGGUGCCACUCCUGACGCACCUGGAGAUGUCGUCGGCCCAUCCCGUCCUCACCAUAACCUUCGAUAACCUGCUCUCCAACGACACCGUCUAUGACACGUCCUUCCCUAGGUACAUCGCAGAACAGAUCGUUCUCGAGGGCGGCGUCGAGGACCUCCGUCACGCCAGGUUCUCCAUGCGGCACAGGAACCCGACGUGGCUGAGCGAGGGCGAGGUCCCGAGGCCGCUGUGGGAGACGGACGCGGACUUCUCCUUCAAGCUGAACCACUCGCGCCUCCUGACGUCGCACUUGGUGUGGAGGACGGAACUCGUGGAGGAAGUUAUGAGCGAGGUGGGUGAGCUGAUCGGCGCCUCCUACGACCUACGACUCAGCGUGGAGGACUGGCUGAAGGUGUCGGCGCAGAAGGCGGGGGAGGAGGCCCUGAAGCGAGCGGAGCCUAUCCUGCAGGACGUGGCAGCCGUCUUCAAGCCUCUUAUUGUUGAUUUCAAAAACGAAUCGCGGGAGUUCCUGGAUGACCUGUGGCUGCUCUACUCCAACAUCAACAGGACGACCAUGGAGCUUAGAUACCAGCAGUCACUCACCUUCAUCUUCGACAAAGUCAUGGACACUUUGGAGAACAUCAAAGCGUUCAAGAACAUUCGCCAGAGGCUGGAAGGAGGCGCGCUCAGGGGUCAGGUCAAAACUCUGGUCGAUAAGAUACGCAGCAUCUACGAUCAUCUCUUUAACUCGGAUCCAUCCGGGCCAGGUUUGAUGUCCAAAUUGAAGUCCCUUUUCUCCACUUUCGCCCAUAUGUACGACCAGUUCGCCAAGCGCCUGUACCUCCGAGCGAGUCAGGCCGUGCAAGGCUUCACAGACCGCGUCGGGGAGUGGCUGAGACGCAAGUGGCAGGCGGUUUACGACAACUACAAGCCUCACAUUCUUCGUACUUUCGACAACGUGGAAACUCAGGCUUGGAUCUUCGCGGAGAAUCUAAUGGACUGGCUCCAGAAGGUCGGCCUUGAGGUCAAGUCGUCCGCCUACUACCAGAAGAUCGCCGAGAUCGUGACGUACGUGGAGGGCAUCUACAAGGACUUCACCGAGAAAUCCAAGCGAGAGAACCUGGAGAAGUACUACACCAUGUUCGUCGAGAAGAUGAAGAGCGGGUUCAAGAUGCUCGUCGACGGAGUUGCUCCUUUCGUGCAAGACUGGAUCGACGAGUUGCAGACGGCUUGGGCUAAACUCUUGCAAUAUAACCAGAUUGCAAGAAUUAAGGAUGCUGUUCUUGCUGCCAUUGAUAAGGUGGUGUGGACGGUCCGCUACGUUGACAUCCGAGGUCACCUGAUUGAUGCUGCAGCCUUCCUCUUGGAGCACGGGCACACCAUCGUCUCGCAGACCAGCAUCCAGGCGUCGCAGAAACACAUCGUUGCCAAGACAAACUUCCUGUUCACUCCGUCCCAAGGAAAAGUGCUAUUGGUUCAGAAAUUACCUGUUGACUGGCAAGCCUUCAACGUCAAGCCAAACUGGAGGGACUUGCCGGAGUACAAGAACAUCCAGUGGGUGAGGGACACGUUCUUCUCCACCUCCAACACCACCAUUUUGGAUAAGUUCUACAAGUACUGGAACCUCAAUUUCAACCCUGUGACUUGGGUUCCGCCAUUCCCCGCGACCGGCUACAUGAUCGGCGAGCAGCACUUCAUGACCUUCGACGGGCACCACCUGGAGUUCAAGGGCCGAUGUCAGCACCUCCUGGUGGCCGAUAUGGUGAGCGGAGAGUACGCGGUGGCUGUCAACUACCACAGCCACUCCUCCAGGACAAUUAUUAUUUACAUCGGAGGCUCCGAGAUCGAGUUGGCGACCGACUUUAGGGUGACAGUGGACAGACAACCCACGGAGCUGCCAGUGAGCGUGGAGGGCGCCACGGUGGACCGCUGGCUGCACAAGAUCGAGGUGCGGACGGACCACGGGCUGCGCAUCAACUGGAACCUGGCGCAUGACGUCCUCUCCAUCAGCCUGUCCGGCACCUCCUUCGACAAGACCGGCGGCCUGCUGGGGACCUACAACAACGAGCCCAUGGACGACCAGCAGCUACCCGACGGAACCCAGACGGACGUCGUGCACGUCCUGGCGCAGGGCUGGGACGUCAGCAGGGGCGCCUGUCAGUCCGGGGGGAACCUGGCCGUGGGAGCCUCCAAGGUCGACGUGGACACCUGCCAGCACCUGUUCCAGGCGAAGACCUCGCCCUUCAAACACUGUUUCUUCCAGGUAGACCCAACACCAUACCUCCACAUGUGUAUGGUGGAUUAUCGGAACGAGGACCGGGACACGUGCACAGCUGCCACGGCGUACAUGGAGGCGUGCUCCAGGAACAGCAUCCCGGUCAAGAUCCCGGUGUUCUGCGUAGAGUGUGUGUAUGAGACCGACGACGGCGAAACUCACACCCUGGAGGAGGGCACGUCGAUGAUGCUGGAGGUCGACGACAUCCUCAAGUCGACGGACGUGGUGCUCCUGGUGGAGGACGGCGCGUGCAACGAGGACUUCGCCUCCAAGAAGCCCCUGAACCGUUUCGAGAGCUUCAUCAACGCCAUGGACGAGGAGCUGGCGAAGAACGGCCUCCGGAACGUGAGAUACGCCAUGGUUCUGUACGGGGGGGAAGGCCUCCACGCGCAGCCGUCCAUUGCUACCGUCGACAACCAGAUCUUCACGGACGCCACCAACAUCCACAGGGCUCUCGAUCGGGUGGAAUUCACUGGAGAAACCGGCACGGAGAGCUACUGGCGCUCGGAUGCGUUCGAAGCCUUCAACUUUGCCGCUGACCUGACCUUCCGUGCCGGCGUGAGCGUGACCUUCGUGCUGUUCCCGUGCAGGUCGUGCAAGCCCAGCAUCCCCUCUAUGGACUACAGCACCAUGUACCACAUUCUCCUGGAAUAUUCCAUAACCCUCCACGUGUUUAACGAUGAGCUCUUCGAUAUUCCAAAAGCCAAGGAGAGGAGCAAGCUGUACGGCAUGGACAGAGACAACGCCUACACCGUCAAGGACUCCAAGAGGACCUUCACCGGCGACCAAGCUCUUCGACGACAGCUCACGACUCCCAAGGACAACCUCGGCUACUGCGCCCCCCUGGCUCUGGAGACUGGAGGCUCCAUCUUCACCAUGUCGCCCAUCAAGCAAGCGAAGAAGAGGCUGAAGAAGCAGAUCGAGAAGGUGGCCAUCGUGUUCGGGAGGCGCGUGGCCCAGACGGCGAAGCCCCAGAGCCGGAAGAGGUGCGUCUGCGUCCCGAGCACAGCCGACGGCGCCGCGAGCGUGCAGUGCGACAACUGGGAUAGCGGCCAGCUGUCCAUUCUUGCCAUGUACGGCAACCUGACCGACAUGCAGCCUGACUUCGAGACAAACCUGGACGAGGUCGGAACGUGUCAGCGGCGGGACAGCCAGGGAGUCUGCGUGCAAAGAAUAGAGAGCUGAACGAUAAAGAACAUUGUUUUGUCUUAGGCACAAAAGGACUAAGAUUUUUUUUUUUUUUCUUAGAAUGUAAGUUUUAAUUUUUUUUUUUUUUUUUUUGGCAAGUGGCAUUAUUAAGGCGUUGAUAGAUAGUUUGGUAUAGAGUAAGGAUAUAUGCAUAUAGCUUCGUGGUACAGGAUUAAAUUGUGGAAUAAAGUGACAUACACGUGUAAGAACGAGCUGAUUUAUACACUUGAACUGACACUGACACUGACACUCACUCUUGUGUUCACUUUUUGCAUUCUCUCUCUCUCUCUCUCUCUCUCUCUCUCUCUCUCUCUCUCUCUCUCUCUCUCUCUCUCUCUCUCUCUCUCUCUCUCUCU